UCUCCUAAAAUAACAACAACGCAAAAGUGCGUUUAAUGCAUUAUAUUUGAAAAACAAAAUUAAAUUUAAUCAAACGCCCAUUCAUAUCAAGCAGACUAGCCAAGAUGACAACACCACAGGUUGACCAGAAACGUGCAUUGAACAAAUUGAAACAUGAUUUGGAGCCCUUGCGCAAUGCCAUUGUAGGCGUCUACGAUUUGCUCACCUGGGAGAAGCAAUAUUAUGCCGGAAUUGUUUUUGCUGCAAUCAGCAUUAACUAUUUGAUUUUGUGGUACAUGGACUUGUCAUGUAUAACACUGUUCUCCUUGCUGGCGCUUUCGGCUUUCUUUGGGGACUUUGCGCUGCCAACCUUAUCACGACUGUUAGCCAGUGGUAAUAAAUGGGAGGGCGAACAGGAGGCCAAAUUUGAAGAGGUUUGCGGACAGUUGUGCUCCAUAAGAGCUCGCGCUACCCAAUGGUAUGAGUAUCUGCUCAAUGAGCGCAAGCCAACUAUGGUUGUGGUUGCAAUAAGUGUAACCCUGUUGGUUGUCGCUUGGAUUGGAGCCAUUAUUAACAACUUGCUGCUAAUGUAUUUUGCCACUAUAGUGGUACUCAUGUGGCCAGGUUUGCAGGAGAAGGAUGUCUUCAAGUCGCUGACUCAAAAGGCUUCCAAGAUAGUCAACGAGAAGUUACAAUAUGGCAAAAAGAAGCUGCAGUAAACGGCUCACUAUUAUUAUCAAUAAAUUAUAUUAUACAUAAUUAAAAAAAAUUCGUCAUACAUAAAUACACCACAUAAAUCACCAUCGGGUUCGACCAAAAUAUAUGUAAACCAAGCAUAAUCAAUACCAAACACUAAGUCAUUAACUCGCCAUCUUGCACACAUUAAAUUAUUGUAAAUGCUAAUUUUACCAAGCGCAUUCAUAACAUUAGUUUAAAUUCCAUGAUCUUAAAUGUAAGCUCGGGCAUACCCGAAGAUUCUCAAAGAAAAAGACAUUUUUGUGAUUUAUUUGUGAAAAUUUAAUCUUGCAUAAGCUUACAAGCUUAGGCGUCUACUGAUUUUACACAUACACGCAUACCUAUUUAAAUAAAGUUUUG